GCUGACAUCAACUGCACCAACUACCAUGUGAUUGUUAGAGGACUGAAUUUGGCUUAUUUACAAGUACCUGUCAAAAGAAGAGAGGAACUUGCUGCAAAUCUAGUAGUUUACCUUAAACAGUCUGUGCACCAGAUCAGUCAACCUGCCUGCAAACAGGGUGUCCUAAAUGACACUGACUGGCUGGUUCUGAACCUUGGUCGGUUUUUCAGCUAUGUGCCUUAUUCUGACUUGGCAGAAUUCAACAUCUCUAGGGAAGCCGUGUUUGGCUCUCUAACUGGUGAACAGAAGGUGGAGCAAAUCUUGACACCAGGUCUGGUGGAUGAUGAGUCUGCUGUUAGAGAAUUGUUUGGAUCUGUUGUAAACUCUCCAGACCAGAACCAGUUGGAUGAUUUUUUUGAGAAAUUUAUCAGCAUGUCUGCACAGAGAAACGUGUCAAGCAUCAGCACUGCUGUGAGCAGCAUAAUUCUGAACAUGACAUUGAUGGACCUGGCGAACAGAUUUGAAACCUUCGAUCCGCAGACGUUUGCUUUAUGGUUCCAGUCGUACCUGCACAUUUUCCUCCCUGGGAUCGGUCCGGAUAGCCUUUCUGUCAUCCCCAGGACCAUCAGCUGCGAUUCUUACAGAGAAAUCGUGAAAGGCUGUGAUAACAUUUUCAGCAGUCUCACACCGAUUCAGACGAAGUACGUCUACAGUUUCACUCGAGACUAUCUCUUCCAUCAGCCCAGCCAAGAUUCCUGUGUGCAGAGUACUAACAGUGACUCUGAUUGGCUGCUGAAAAACUUCGGAUGGUUCCGCUUCAUCGCCAACUUUACUGACUUUAUCAGCUUGAAGAGAGAUUUUAAUGGGGUCGAGGUGGCAGAGUUUCUGACUGUGUCCCAGCUGGCUGAGCUUUGCUCUGACCCGUCACGUCUCAGCGGACCAGCGGAUGUUCAGACUGUGAUGAAUGAGCUUCAAACGCAGACGCUUUCAGAGUUUUUUGAUAUUCUUUCUCCAAACAUCCAAGUGAAUGAACAGGGCUACUCUGUGGAGGUGAAGCAGGCCUUCCUGCAGACAGUGUUUGUGCGAGGCGAUCUGUCGUCUCCUUCAGUCAGUGAUUCCGAGCUGUCAGUCUGGCUCACGGUUCGACUUAGGCCGCUGCUGUCUGCUUUGAGCUCAGCAGACGUUACGGUGUAUUUCGACAUCGUCAGGGCUCGAGGCUGCAGUGUCAAACAGGAGGCCAUCAGUGUACUGGACUCUCAAAGAACGGCUCUGGAUGAAAACACACAACGUCAGAUCUAUAACAACAUCCAACAGCUACUCACAGAUGCUCCUCUUCGCUGUUAUGUCAGUGGCAGUUUCUACCUCUUCCUCAAGUCUUUCUUCCUCCAGUUUGGAUUUCCAGACCUCAACACCUUCCAGUCUCUGAUCCCUGUGGACAGGAGGCCUGAGCUGCUGGGCUCCAUCUCUACAGCCGAGCUGAGCGAGUUCCUGAACGCGCCUCAGACGCUCGGAGACGGGUCGGGACUCUGCCAUCUGCUCAGCCAGUACAACCAGACCGCACGCUAUCUGGAGACGGAGCCGCUGGGAUCCGUGGGUUUGGCCCGGCAGGUGUUGUCCUGCGUCUGGCCUGGAGUUCUGAAGCUGGAGAUCCAGUCUGAGGUGGAUCAGUGGUUUGACCAUCGACUCAUGCGAUACCUGCCUCUGCUCAGCUCGCAGCUCAUCAGCCCCGCACAGCUCAGUAGCGCCGCCUGUCUGUCCUACAGGAAACUUGUUUCAGUUCUUGGAAACAACUACAACUUCUCCAGAACUGACUUCACGCCAGACGAUGUUUACAGCUCCAUGAAGGUGUAUCUCACAAAUGGUGGCUCACCGCGCUGCUAUAACGCCUCCGAUCCUCAGCUGAACUCCACAAACUGGCUUGUGAGCUACAUUGGCGUCUUCAUCAGAUACGUCAAUCUGUCUGACCUCAACUCCUUUGUGUCUUCUAACCAGAUUGGUGUGUUCUUGGAAAACCCGGAGAACCUUCAGCUGCUCAAUGGCACCGUGACGAUCCAGUCCAACGUAGCCAACUACUACGUAACACAGCUGUACAAUCAGAACCCAUCCUUCAACCCCAUCAGGCUGCCAGGCCAGUUCCUGUGUGGAAUUCCUUCAUUUGCGUUAGAGCCUCUAGGAGCAGACGACAGUUUGGUACUCAUCCAGCGGAUCAACGUGUUCUGUAAUGGAACCGAGAGCCCUGAGAUCACGUCUGCUCUCGCGACCAAUCUCCCUUCGCUCUCCUCCUCCACCAUCCAGCUGCUCGGCAGUCAGAGCGUGGGCCUGACGGAGGCUCAGAUAAGCUCCGCCUCCGCUGAUGUCAUCAAGGGCGCACUCUCGACCCUCAGCGCCGUCGACGGCUGGAAUCAGGGCCAAGCCAACGCAGUCAUACAGACUCUCAUCGAGUCCGACUUUCCAUUGAACACCGGCUCCUCGCUGCUGUCUCUCGGGACGCUCGUCAAGGGCGUUCCGGCGGAAACCAUCUCCAGCAUUGAAUCUUCAGAGCUCCUGGCCAUAUCCCAAAAUCCCACAUUCAUCAGCAACAUCCUCUCAGCGCCAGAAAUCCUGCAGCUGGUUUAUGUCAUGAAGAUCGUGUCUAUAGAUGAAACUAAAGUCAUCGAGAAUGUUCCGGACGCAUUGGCUGGCUCGAUCCCGCGCGUCUCGUUGAUCUCUCAGGAGUCUGUGAACGUCACGCUGAUCAAUCAGAAGCAAUGGACACAGGAGCAGGCCGUGAUGCUGUUCGGCUCCGUGGCGAGUCUCACUGAGGACACUGAGGAGCUGUCUGAGGAGCUGCUGCAGGGCUUCACCUGCACGUCUGUCCGGACGCUCGCCGAGCCCAAGGUCAAGCAGCUGGUCAAAGCCUGCAGACGUCGGUCGGGACGGCAGAAGGUCCAGCUGAAGGAGAGUCAGCUGAUGUGCAUGUACAACUACAUGAAAGACGAGACUUCGCCAAGCUUCACAGAUUUACCUUCAGACAUCCUGCUUUACUACAACUAUGAGGAGGUGGAGGAGGCGAACUGCCGCUCGUAUUUCAGCGCUGUGGGCACGGCAGAUUACUCCGUUCUUUCCAGUGUCCUUGACAAACAGAAGACUCUGUUCAACAACGCACAAAACUGUCUGGGUAUUUCGGGUCAAAGGCUAAGCAAGGAUCACGUGGAGGUUCUGGGUAACCUGACCUGCACUUUCGACCCCGUCUACAUCCAAAACUCUGAUCCAGCCAUCAUUGAGAGCCUGAAGAAGUGCCACGAUCUGUCCGACGCUCAGAUCAGCGCUGUGCAAUCGCUGCUGCUCUCAGGAGAAACUGUCUAUGGGAAAUCUUCUGGUUGGGAUCAGCAGACACUGGAGCGCCUCGACACCCUGCCACUGUACUUCACUGACGACUUCUGGAGCCGCUUCAGCGCCCCUGUGAAGAGGAAGUACAUGAAGGUGUUCAUGCCGUUCCUGAGGACGAGAAACACGGAGAAGCCGAAACUAAAGAAGCUCUUUAAAAACUGCAACGCUGAGUUAGACGCUCGAAGCAGAAUCAGGCGCUCUGCAGACUGCACCGCGGGAAACAUCACGGAAGCCACGAUCACAGACGCCUCGUUCCCCUUCGGCUACACCGCGGCCCAGUUCGACGCCUGUAUGAGCACCAGGGUCCUCAGAGAUAACCUGGCCGCCAUCACGGAGAAGGUGGAUGACAACGACUUCCAGAGAAUCAUUCUGAGCAAGCUGAAGCAGGUGUAUCCGGCUGGACUCUCCGACAGCACGCUGCAGUUACUUGCGUCUGUCUCACGGCAAGCCACGGUCGACGAGAUCAGGACCUGGAGCAUCACCAGCAUCGACACGCUAGCCGCGCUGAUGGACUCAAACAACGGAGAAUGGGACAAAGACAAGAGUAAGGAGGUGAUCCUCAGGUAUCUGAGUGUGGCCGGUCACACUUUAGGCACUAACGAGCUGAACGUCAUCGGCUCCAGCAUCUGCGCACUGAACAUCUCAACACUUCAGAGCAUCACAGCAAGAGACCUGAGCAAUGCAGAAGUUCUGGAUCUGUCCUUGUGUUCAUAUGAGACACACACACACACACACACAGAUAUCUCAUAUACUCAGUGA